GAUUUUUGUGACUGACGAGCAGAGAUGUCAGGAAUCGCGGCGAAGCUCCAGCAGAACCGGGCGCGAGCAGCGGGCGUCGGUCACCUCGGCAGAACCGGCGCGAGCGCUCAAGCGGUCAAAUUCUAACAGGACUACGAAGCGCUCAAGCGCGAGUGUCUGGAGAGCGGGCGCCUGUUUCAGGACGACACGUUUGAAGCUAAUGUAUCUGCGCUCGGGUUCAAGGAACUGGGACCAAACUCCUCUAAAGUGCGCGGGGUUGAGUGGCUGAGACCAAAGCAACUGACGUCCAACCCAACGUUCAUUAGCGGAGGAGCCACAAGAACUGACAUCUGCCAGGGUGCUUUGGGUGACUGUUGGCUUCUAGCAGCCAUCGCGUCUCUUACCCUCAACCAGGACGUGUUCGCCCGUGUGGUCCCGUCUGGACAGAGUUUUGACGGGGACUACGCUGGAAUAUUUCAUUUCCAGUUCUGGCAGUUCGGUGAAUGGGUGGAUGUGGUCAUUGACGACCGUCUUCCCACCAGGAACAGAGAGCUGCUGUUCGUCCACUCUGCCGAGGGCUCUGAGUUUUGGAGCGCCCUGCUAGAGAAGGCCUAUGCAAAGCUGAACGGCUGUUAUGAAGCUUUGUCUGGUGGCUCCACCAUCGAGGGCUUUGAGGAUUUCACUGGAGGCAUUGCUGAGGUCCAUGAACUAGCGAAAGCGGGUCCAAACCUUUUCAAAACCAUCCAGAAGGCUCUGAGCUGGGGCUCGCUGCUGGGCUGCUCGAUAGAUAUCACAGACUCUGCUGAUUCAGAGGCCAUCACUAGUCAGAAGCUGGUGAAAGGACACGCCUACUCGGUUACAGGAGUCGAUGAGGUCGAGUACAGGGGCAACUUAACCAAACUGAUCCGCAUCAGGAACCCUUGGGGGCAGGUGGAUAACACAAGAGUAACCACACCCACCCGUGGCUCUAUCCAGACAUGUUGGUCAUCAGAAUGGCGUCAGAUCAGUGACAGCGACCGUGAGAAACUGAACUGCAAAGCAGAAGAUGGAGAGUUCUGGAUGUCAUUCUCUGAUUUCCUGCAAAAUUACUCACGGGUGGAGAUCUGCAAUCUGACCCCUGAUGCUCUGUCAGACGACAGCAUUAAUAAGUGGGCAAUGUCCAAUUUUGAUGGCAACUGGAGGAAAGGAACAACUGCUGGAGGCUGCAGGAAUUACCCAAACUCGUUCUGGAUGAACCCUCAGUUUCUGAUCAAGCUGGAGGAGCAGGACGACGACCCCACAGAUAAUGAAGAGGGAUGCAGCUUCGUUGUGGGUCUGAUCCAGAAGAACCGCCGCAAAAUGAGAAAAGUCGGAGAGGACAUGCACACCAUUGGCUUCGCCAUCUACGAUGUUCCUGACGAGUUAGCCGGGCAGAGGAACAUCCACCUGGACCGUAACUUCUUCAUGCGGCAUGCUUCGGCGGCCCGUUCAGAGACCUUCAUCAACCUGCGCGAGGUUUGCUCUCGUUUCUGUCUGCCCCCCGGCGAGUAUCUCAUCGUACCGUCCACCUUCGAGCCCAACAAGGAUGGAGACUUUUGUGUUCGCGUCUUCUCUGAGAAACAGGCAGAGUUCCAAGAGCUUGAUGACCCUGUCGAGUGCAGCGUUCCUGAGAUUAACGUGAAUGAGGGUGAUAUUGAUAGCCGGUUCAAGAGUCUGUUUGGACAGCUUGCUGGUGCAGAUGCUGAAAUCUCAGUAUUUGAGCUGCAAAAUAUCCUGAACAAAGUGAUAACUAAACGCAAAGACAUUCAAACUGACGGAUUUAGUUUGGACACUUGCCGCAACAUGGUGAACUUACUGGAUAAAGAUGGCAGUGGAAAACUGGGCUUGGCUGAAUUUAAGAUUCUCUGGACUAAACUUGAGAUUUACCUGGACGUCUUCAGUAAAAAUGACAAGGACAGGUCCGGCACAAUGAGCUCUAUGGAGAUGAGAGAAGCCCUAGGGAAAGCAGGCUUCUCUCUGAACAACACUCUACACCAGAUCAUGGUCUCUCGCUACAGCGACUCCAAUCUCACCAUCGACUUUGACAACUUUGUGGCCUGUAUUGUGCGCCUUGAAAGCAUGUUCAAAACGUUUAAAAUGCUGGACAAGGACAAGAAUGGCACAAUAGAGCUGAACUUUUUUGAGUGGUUGAAUUUUUCCAUGCUUUGAGGAAAAGGAGCAGCAGAUUUUGGACAGCUGGGUGGAGAUCUGAAUAGUUUCUUAUACACGGCACAGACAUUGACAUCGCUGGAAUUAGCAGAGACAGAAGGAAAAUCGGACAUCGCCUACAUGUGUGUCACAAAGCAAACCGCAAUAUUUCAUGUACAUGUUCUCCAGACUCAGGCCUCCAUCAAACUGAUCACCAUCUUCAUGUUAAUAAGAACCAGGUUCCUGUGCAGUGUAAUGGAAAUCAUGUUAUGGUGGUUUAGCUAGUUGGCUAUUGCUUAUUUUGUUGUACAGUUCAUUGAAGGACUAAUGAAUCACUACUAUGAGCGAUGACCAAAAUUGUUGGGUGCAAACAUAUAUGUUUUAUGUCUUUGUAUUUUUUAAAUAAAUGUAAUAAUAAGCAAAAGUAAAUAAAUCCAUAUGAUUUUUAA